UACAAUAUUUGUGUAUAUAUACGCACUUUACAUCGGCGCGUAUCAAAUGUUUGUCGAUUAAAUUGUUUAUAGUUUAUAUACGGGCGAGUUCUCUCUCGGGUAAAUGUUUAAAAUAUGAUGAAGGAACAGCAGUUGGUCGAAACUGGCGCAGUAGUCAGCCAGUCCUCUCCCGGGUUCAGCAUUCAGCAGCAACUCAAUCAGCUCCAGCCUCACCACCAAGGCGUCAUCUUACCCAACGACGGGUCGCCACCGAGCGUCGCUCCCAAUGUAUCCCCGGACAACGGAGCCGCCGACGCCGACAAUAAGCCCUCAUCGUCCGACAAAAAGAGCGGGAUACGACGCCAAGAGAAACCGCCGUACUCCUACAUAGCUCUGAUAGUCAUGGCGAUCCAGCAUUCGCCGACCAAGAGGCUCACUCUGAGCGAGAUCUACUCGUUUCUUCAGCAGAGGUUCCCGUUCUUCCGGGGCUCCUACCAAGGCUGGAAGAACUCCGUCAGACAUAAUUUAUCCCUGAACGAGUGUUUCAUCAAGCUGCCCAAAGGGUUGGGCAGGCCCGGGAAAGGCCAUUACUGGACUAUCGAUCCUGCGAGUGAAUUUAUGUUCGAGGAAGGGUCGUUCAGGAGACGACCGAGGGGAUUCAGGCGGAAAUGUCAGGCUAUCAAACGCGAGUAUCAUCCGGGCACGUUUUUCGCCAACAACAUGCCGUCGAUGGUGAACCAGACGGGUUACGAUCACCAACCGCUGGUACAAACUCAAGAUUAUUCGACGUGUUCGUAUAACACGCCCUCGCCGCAAGUAAGUUCGGUAUCCGGCUCGUACGCGAAUUACGAUUACCCCUCGAUGUACCAGCAACAGUGCGAGAGAGAUUGGAGCUCGAAUUCAAGCCUGCUGCCGUCUUAUCCGGACGGUACAAUUUCUAGUAGUUAUCUGAAAGCGCCGCUUAGCCCGAUGCCGGGGAGUCAAGAUACUCCUCCGCCUCCAGUGGAUAAUUACUACCAGUACGGGGUUAUUUCUACGUCGUCGGAAAAUCUGAUGAGGGCCUCGAGCAACGGGAUGCAACCUCAAACGCAGUGUGAACGGAAGCCAUAUCUGACCCCACCUCACGGUGCCCCUUUGCAGUCGACGAUUCCCUCACCGCCAUCUUCGAACACACCACACAACUUUUACGAAACUUCUGUUAAAUAUACCAUGUGAGAAACAAGUAGGGUAAAAUUGUUGCACCUGGGAAACGAAUGAAAGGGUAUUGAAUGAAAUGUUCGAUAUUGUUUUAAAUAAACCAAAAUCUACCAAAGUACCCCGGAAUGGUUUAAAUAAACGAAAUUCGGAUAUUUCUAAAAAAUCGCUGUUUUCGGUUUUUGUUUUGCCAAAGUGUUGAGGCGCGAAGUUUUAAGUUAUUUUUUAGGUUUUAUAAGUCGAAGUUAGGGAGAUUCUUUAAAUUGUAAAUAUGCUACCCAUACAGCUAUCAGACCAAAAAACUCUGUAAAUAUUUUACUGUGACAUGUACACAUAAAAAUAGAUCAGUCGUAGGCAUAGGUAGUUGUACCUUUAAUAAUUAUCAGGUAUUUAUGUGCCAAAUAAAA